GCAAGCACCUGGGAAGAGCUGCUGGCCAGUCAUUAUGGCUAGCUUCGCAGAGGAGGCAAUGGAUAACUACAUGUAUUCAGGGUAUAACCCUUAUUCCUACAGGUAUAUCAAUCCCAAAACAAAGGGCAUGAACUGGAGGCAAAAGAACUACAUGACCAAUUAUGGUGACUCUGGGGAGUAUUAUGACAACUAUCAAAGGGCCCAGUUAAAGGCAAUUUUGUCUCAGGUGAACCCCAACCUCACCCCAAGGCUGAGGAAGGCAAACACCAGAGAUGUGGGGAUUCAAGUGAACCCCAGACAGGAUGCAUCUGUUCAGUGCUCAUUGGGUCCAAGAACUCUUCUCAGGAGGAGAAGUGGAAGUGGACCUGUGAGAACGCCUCAGCUAAGCCCUGAAGAAGUUCAAGGAAGUCAAGGAAGUCCUGCAUCUCCAACCAAGACUGUGCGCUUCCCCAGAACCAUUGCUGUGUAUUCACCUGUGGUUGCUGGAAGACUUGCCACAUUCCAGGAGGAAGAAGAAGAAUCUGAAAAUAAAGCUGAAGAUGAGGUGACCAAGCAAGAAGCCACUGAGAUUGAGAACAAAGAGGUCAGCAAUAUAGAUGGUGGGACCAAAGAGGAGGCUUCAGAGGACAAAACUUCAGAGGACCAGCUGACUACUACUCCAUCUCCUGGGCAGACAAGACUGAGAUUCCAGUUCCUGGAGCAGAAGUAUGGCUACUACCACUGUAAAGACUGCAACAUUCGCUGGGAAAGUGCCUAUGUUUGGUGUGUUCAGGGCACCAAUAAGGUGUACUUCAAACAAUUCUGCAGGACAUGUCAGAAAUCAUUUAAUCCGUAUCGAGUGGAAGACAUUAUGUGUCAAAGCUGUAAACAAACCCGAUGUGUGUGUCCCGUGAAGCAGCGCCAUGUAGACCCGAAGAGGCCCCAUCGCCAAGACUUGUGUGGGAGAUGCAAGGGCAAGAGGCUCUCGUGUGAUAGCACCUUCAGUUUCAAGUAUAUAAUUUAAUCGGUCUUGUGUAUACUCCUACUAACCUGUUCUUUGGCUGGAAGAGUGCAUUUUUUUUUUUUUCUGGAGUAACCGAAUACAGAUUAUUAUAAUAACUGUCAAAGCACUUCCAUCCGUAUAAUGAAUAAAAUCAACAGGUUAUGAAGAAAACUA